AUGGGAGACUUGAUCCAACUAAAUGUCGGACAGAAAGUGAAAAAAUGGCAAAUCGAUAAGAAGCUCGGCGAGGGUGCAUUCGGCGCUGUCUACAAAUGUUCCAACCCAAAAGGCGACCUUUUUGCACUAAAAGUCGAAGGAAAAGACGAGAAGAUUCAGUUGCUGAAAAUGGAAGUCUACGUUUUGAACGAGCUGAAAAAAGCUGGUGGCCGCCACUUUUGCAACAUUGAGGAUAAGGGACAAGUCGACAAUUUCAACUAUGUCGUCAUGACAUUCGUCGGAUUAUCCUUGGCCGAUUUGAGAGCCAACGCGCCGACGAAAAAGUUUUCAAUGGGCACCGCCAUCUCUGUGGGUCGCCAAUCGUUGGAAGCACUGGAAGACAUGCACAACAUUGGCUAUCUCCAUCGUGACGUCAAACCGGGCAACUACACGAUUGGCCGAGCCGAGGUCAACGAGUUACGCAAAGUGUAUGUACUGGAUUUCGGAAUGGCUCGAAAAUUUGCGCACGAGGACGGAACGAUCAAGAAGCCAAGAAAUGUGGCUGGAUUCCGAGGUACGGUGAAGUACGCUCCAGUCAGUUGUCAUGCCGGAAGAGAGUUGUGUAGACAGGAUGAUUGUGAGACGUGGUUGUACAUGUUGGUGGAAAUCACAAAAGGCUCACUUCCAUGGCGUAACAUGACCGAAAUCGGACAAGUCGGACAGGAAAAGCGAGGAAUUCGUACUGACCCGAUUAUCAAGAAGAAAAUGUUUGGAGGUUGCCCCCGUGAGUAUCUGGAAAUUCUGGAAACGAUUGACAAGGGGAAAUUCUUUGACGAGCCCAACUACGAACGAAUGUACUACCUGCUGAGAGAGUCGAUGAAGAACACGGGAUCAACUGAGUAUCCGUACGAUUGGGAGGAAUCGUUGAAUAAGAAGAUGAAGGAAGAACAAGAGAAGAAGAAGAAUGGAGUGACAGAACAGACUCAGAAAGUGAUUAAGAAGAAGGAAGUGGAGUUGGAGGCUGGAAAAUCGUUGAAGGAGGUGAAGGAGAAGGAAAAGGAGAAGGCGAAGGAGCCGGAGAAGAAGGUUGAGAAGUAUGAGGAUGAGAAGAAGGAGGAG